AUGAACGUCCUUGUUUAUUCGGGACCAGGUACUACUUCUGAAUCUGUCAAACACUGCUUAGAAUCACUUAGACUCCAUCUUUCCCCAUCUUAUGCAGUAGUCGCAGUAUCAGAAACUGCCAUUUUGAACGACCCUUGGAUGCAUAAGACUGCAGUUUUUGUUAUGCCAGGUGGUGCUGACUUACCCAUGUGUAAAGUAUUGAAUGGUGAGGGAAACAAAAAGAUCUCUCAAUUUGUAAAAAAGGGUGGUAAAUAUAUUGGGUUCUGUGCUGGUGGGUAUUAUGCUAGUGAAAGGUGUGAAUUUGAAGUUGGCACCAACAUGGAGGUCACUGGGCCAAGAGAGUUGUCCUUUUUCCCAGGAAUCGACAGAGGUUGUGCCUAUAAGGGUUUCUUAUAUGAGACUCACAAAGGUGUUAGAAGUACACCCUUGCAAACUGAUAACGGUUUAGUGUAUAAUUACUAUAAUGGUGGUGGUGUAUUUGUAAAUGCUUCAAAAUACCCAAAUACGGAAGUUUUAGCAACGUAUACGGAACCUGUUGAAGUCACACAUAAUGCAAGCGAUGAUGAGUUGACUGCAGCAGUUGUGCUUUGUAAGGUGGGCAAAGGUGCAGCCCUCUUGACAGGAUCACACCCAGAGUACACCCCCGCUUUAAUGAAGCCCGCAAGCGAUGAAUCUGACUAUAUUAAAACAUUCGAAACUCUUAGUCAACCAGACAAUGAAGAAAAGAGGAAAAUCUUUUUAAGAGAUUGCCUUGGCAAAUUAGGAUUGAAAGUUAAUCAGGACGUGAAUAUGUCAGUUCCUCACUUGACCCCAAUUUAUCUUUCCAGUUUAAAACCCGACGUUUUGUGCCAGUUAAGACAAAGCUUGCACAUCGAAGGCACCAACCAUAGACACGAGGAUGCCAAUGACACCUUUAUUUUCCAUACAGAAGAAGAAAACGACAAUGACUACUUCAUUAAAAGUAGUGAGGAAAUUACGAACUUACAUGACUUAGAAUCACAACCAAAGCAUAUCAAGAUUUCCAAUGAAUUACCAUCUCACAAAAUAACUCCAUAUUUCAAUAUGGCAACUUACAGAGAGGAAUACAAGAAGCUUUCCAACUCAAAAAUUGGUGGUAUAGGAUCCACGUUUGGUUACUGUGAAGUAAUCACCUCUACCAACACCAUCAUGGAUAAAAACCCAGGGUGGUUAAGGCAUUUGCCUCAUGGAUUUGCUGUAACUGCUACUACACAAGUUUCUGGAAGAGGAAGAGGAGGUAAUGUGUGGAUUAACCCUAAGGGUGUUAUGGCUACCUCUGUGCUUUUCAAAGUGCCUGUGUCAUCCCCAAAUAAGACAUCAAUAGUGACUUUACAAUACUUAUGUGGAUUAGCAAUAGUUGAGCUGAUAUUAGGUUACGGUAGUGAUGAACCUGGCAAGGGAGUGGGAUAUGAGGAAAUGCCCAUUAAACUCAAAUGGCCCAACGAUAUUUAUUCCAUGAAGCCUCAAUACUUCACAGAAACGUCGUCUUCAAACACCAUUACGUCUAGCAGUACUACUCUAGAUGAAGAUGAAGAAAAAUAUGCUAAAAUCUCAGGUGCUUUGAUUAAUUCCCAAUACAUGGAAAAUUGCUUCUAUUUGGUCUGGGGUGUGGGUAUAAAUGUUUCAAAUUCUGCUCCUACAACUUCCUUGAAUAUAGUCUUAGACAAGUUAAACGAGCUUAGACUGAAGAAGGGCCUUUCUCCCUUACCACCAUACCAACAUGAACUCCUAUUAGCUAAGAUGCUACACACAGUUGAAGAGUUCUAUUCCGUUUUUGAAAAGGCAGGUUUGAAGCCAUUCUUACCAUUGUAUUAUAAGAGAUGGCUCCAUUCUAACCAGAUAGUUGAUGUUGAUGCAAAUGGUGAUGGUUCCCGCCGGAAAUGCUUAAUAAAAGGUAUAACUCCUGAGUACGGGUUAUUGGUUGUUGAAGAUGUGAAGAGUGGGGAAAUCUUGGAAUUGCAACCAGACGGGAACUCGUUUGACAUAUUCAGAGGAUUAAUUUAUAAGAAGAGUUGA